UUAAGGCCGGUAUUAGACUAUAAAAGAUAUUUGACAAAGAUCUUUUAUAAAACAUUUUGUUUGAUUCUAGUUCUUUUAAGAAAAGUUUUUGAGCAGUAGAACAGUAUUACACUAUCAAAGAACUUUGUAAAAUUUAAAGAGAAUCGCGACGUUAUUUUUAUUUAAAAAUGGAUGAAAGACGUGCAUUAGCUUGCGCUGUUGCUAUGAGUGCUGCUGUUGUUACAAUGUGUUUAGUGUUAAAAAGAAAAAAAGAAAAAAACCGUCGAUUUUGGGAAAGACCCUGGGUAGCGAGGCGUAAUUUAAGAGGAAUCCAUCAUAAUCUGCUAAGAGAGUUACUAUCUGAAGAUAGUAGGAGUUAUGAAAACUAUUUAAGAAUGGAUCACGAAACAUUUACGUUUAUUGCUUCAAAAAUAGCACCAAUUAUAUCCCGACAAAAUACACACUUAAGGAAUCCUAUCAGCGUUGAGGAACGCCUUAUGGUGACCCUUCGAUUUCUGGCAACUGGAGAGAGUUAUUCCAGUCUUCAAUACAGCAGUCGUAUACCUCAAUGUACCCUAUCAGGCAUAAUCCCGGAAACGUCCAAGGCCAUAUAUCAGGCAUUGAAAAAUGAAUAUCUGAAGACACCAACAACUAGAGAGGAAUGGGAAAAUAUUGCCAAGGAGUUUGAAAACAAAUGGAAUGUGGUCAAUACAAUUGGAGCAAUGGAUGGAAAACACAUUCGAAUUAAUUGUCCGGAAAUAGGCGGCUCUCAUUUCUUUAACUAUAAGUCUUAUCAUAGUAUCAUAUUAUUUGCUCUCACUGACGCCGACUAUAAAUUUGUGUAUGUAGAUGUUGGAACGAAUGGCAGAAUCGGUGACAGUGGGGUGUUCGCUAAAAGCCAACUAAGAAGAUGCUUACUAGACAGAACAAUAUUAAACAUUCCCGACGGCAAAAAACUUCCGAACACAAAUAUUACCAUGCCCUAUGUUGUUCUAGCUGAUGACGCGUUUCCUCUGAGCUACAAUGUUAUGAAACCGUAUUCUUUAAAAAAUAUAACUAAGGAAGAAAAAAUAUUUAAUUACAGACUAUCUCGUGGAAGACGAAUGGUCGAAAGUAGCUUCGGAAUAUUAGCAAGCCGAUUCAGAGUUUUUUUAACUGCAAUUAAUUUAGCACCUGAAAAAGUUACAUGCAUCACACUUGCUGCUUGCACAUUACAUAAUCUGUUAACUGAAAGACGAAAACAUCUAUAUACACGCCAUGACGUUUUUACUCGAACUGAAAAUGGUUUUCAAUACCAAGACGUUCAUAUCGAUGAAGAUCUUCAGGAAAUGCAAGUUCUUACAAGACAGGUUCAUAUUGGAGGGAACCGCCAUGGUCGAGAAAUAAGAGAUGCAUUUAAAUCAUAUUAUAACGGUUCUGGAAAAGUUCCAUGGCAAGAAAAUUAUAUAUAAUCAUAUAACUUACAUUAUUUUGAUUUAUGGCAUUAUAAAUGUCACUUCCCGCUUGGGAUUGUUUAGACUGGAUUUCUAAAUUGGAUUCUGAUGUAUCAGCUUCUGUUGACUUGUCCAAAAAUUUUAAUAAAGGAAACCAAUACACCUUAGGCUUAUAAACAUCAUGCUCUUCGGCUCCACUUUUUUUGGACUGAAUUACCUGGAGCAUUAAAUAAAAUAAUAAAUAAUUAACUUUUAAUUGUAUUAUAUGUCAAUAAACCAAAAAGUAAAAUGUUAUAAAAAAAUAAAAUAUUUACCUUCAUUUUCUCUGAUAAAUAUUGGCUUCUUAACCCAUUUAGUUUUUUUUUCUAUAUCCUCCACCUUGCAACCUUUGCUUACUGUAUUUAUUAUUUCAGCAAUUCGUUUAUAUGUAUCUAGUCUUUUAUUUCGAUUUUUGUAAUCCGGAUGUUGAUGAUUAUAUAACAUUUCGUAACUCUCAUAUUCGGAAAUUAAUAAUUUGGUCGCCGCAACGCACCAAACAAACUUAUUAUCCGCCAUAUUGCUUUGAAAUGGUCAAAUAUUUUAUCAAAUGUAAUCAUAUGUUAUUAAAUGCUAUAAAAGAUAGUUUAUAAAACUAAUCUUUUAUAAAAGAAGUAACAUUACACUGUAAAAUAUUUUAUAAAAUUUCUUUUAUAGAAGAUCUUUGUCAAAUAUCUUUUAUAGUCUAAUACCGGCCUAAAUCUGUAAAAACAUCCGCCUUCAAUCAUUUCUCUUAUUCUUGGAUUGACGGCAACUUCAAAAAAAUCUUGAUAGAUUUGACCACUUACAUUUCCGGGUAGAAAAAACUCAACAAAAACUGGGGCGGCGGGAAUCUCUGGGGACUCCAUCCUCAAAGAUUCCCGCCGCCCAAACAUUUAACUUCUCAGGGAAUUUGAUAUGAACAUCUGACCAGUCGCGACAGUUAUGACGAUUUACUUUUCCUUUAUGUAAAAAUGUCCAUUUAUCUGAGGAGCAAAUGUAAAUAAGACGCAGAUCAACAAUGAUGAACUCACAAAAUUGUUUCACAAAAUUGCACUCGUCUGUUAUUUAUAACCGUCCUCAUUAUUAGUUCUUGUACCAGAUGAAUUUUGUAAUAAUGGAAUAUGUUUUGCUUAAUUAUCCUUUAAAUGCAAUUUUUGCCUACUCCUGUACUCGUCACCAAUUUUCUGACACUUACUCAUGGUUUGGCAUGAACUUGACCUAGCAUAACUAUUUGCAUUGCUCCUUUAAAUUUAAAUUUAGCCACUAAUUCCAGAACGUAUUUUCUGUUAACCGGUUAUUCUGGAUGAAGGUAAUUAAAUACUUGUACCGUUCUAUUAGCACAAUUGUCGUGUCGAAAG